CAUGGACAUGGAGACCACCCAUCCCCUUCGUCGCGUUCCCGUUUUACCCCGUCCACUCGUCGUGUGAAAGUGAAACGGCCGAGGGGCACAGCAGUCACUUGUCUUCGCUUCUCCCUCCGAGCACUCCUCCUCCUCCUCCUCAAUUCCCUGGGAGUCGCCAUCAUCACUUCUCCCUUGGAUUGGAUGGCAAUUCGCAUCUCCUAGCCGCCGCGCCUCCUCCACUCCUCUUUCAGUCCCAAGUCCCAACUCCCCUACCCCAUCCACCGCCACCAUGAGCCGCGAUCGCUACUUCCACCGCCUCCUCGACGUCGACGACGACCCUUUCUUCCCAUCCUUCCCCUUCCCUACCACCUCUUCAUGCCCCUACAUCUCCGCCUCCGCACCUCACCACCGCUUCCUCCUCGACGACCAGCCCUUCUACCCCACCUCCUGCCCGCUCGGCUUCACCUCCCCUACCCCCUCCCUCAUCGACACCUUCGACCUCGAUCUCCUCCUCCCGCCCCACGCCGCCGUCGCCACGCCCCGUUGCCCGGCCUUCGACUUCGACCCGUUCCUCCUCGACGCGCUCGGCCACCGCGUGUCCGCCCUCGAACGCGCGCUCGCCCUCACCCCCGCCCCCGCCCCCGCCCCGCCCCGCCGCAAGUACACCUACGCCGCCGAGGCCCACGGCAGGAAGGUCAAGUGGACCGCCGAGGACCGGCCCUCCGGCGGCAGGAACCUCAAGUGGGAGGCCGAGCUCAGGACGCCCCACCACGACGGAUUCGACCGCAAGUGGAAGUGGGAGUCCAAGGCGUCCGCCGCCGGCGCUGCCACCAAGGUCAAGUGGGAAAAGGAGAUCAAGGGCAAGGGCUUCCUCGAGCCUUGGUCCAACUCUUACUCCGUCGAGGAGACCUACGGUGACGAUGACCAUGAUGACGACAAGGAGAAGAAGCCUACUGAUGUUAAUGUUAAGAGGAAAGUCAAGGAGGACAAGCAGCAGCACAAGAAGGGCAAUGUGGAGAUCGUCGAGAUUGAGGAUAACACUGCCGGAUGCGUCGCCAUCAGAAAGGCUUUUGAAAUGAACCACUGCAAGGGCAAGAGGAAGGAACUUUCCCCACAAGAUGCCGCAUUGCUCAUCCAGAUGAACUACAGAGCGCACCUGGCCCAUCGCUCCCAGGUGCUCCGUUGCCUUCGCGACCUCGCUGUUGCAAAAGCCAAGCUCAAGGAGAUUAGGUCCUUCUUCUACAACAUCUCAUACCGCCGCCGCGUUGCACAUGACACUGAAGAGCGCCAGAGGUUUGCUGAGAAGAUCAUUGUCCUGCUACUGACAGUUGAUGCCCUUGAGGGACCAGACUACAUGGUCCGCAAUGCAAAGAGAUCCAUGCUUGAGGAACUUGAGGGGAUGCUGGAGAUCGUGGACCCUCAGCCACCAGGGAAGCCGAGGACGCUUAGCCGCAGGAAGUUUGAUCUCCCAGAAGGCGGAGCCAUCCCAAAGGAGAUGAGGGAUGGUGUUAAGAAUGUUGUCAGAAUUGUGGAGGAAGGCAAGUGAGGUGCAUCAGUAAUGACAUGCUUGUAGUUGUAAGUCAUGCGGACUAGAGUUUGUGCUGCUGCUGAGGAUUCCCCUGUUCAGAUGUUUGCUAGCUGAACUUUGUGAUGUUGUAUUCCUAGAAUGUUGUUCCUCGUAAUGUCGUCAUAGCAGUAUGAUCCAUGUUAUGUUUGGACUAGGUAUUUUUCUUGUUCCCAGAUGCCCCAGACGUGUGUGUUUGUAAACUCAUUCAUCACCCUUCAUCCAUCAUGGGUGGUGAAACUUUAAUAAAUUAGUAUCUGUUGAUCAA